AUGCCAAUGGCCUGUGGGAUGAGUGCUGGAAACAUGUACAGCUAUUCACCGCUCCAAGGUCGUCGGCACAUUCGCCUGCUUCGCCUGCUUCCAGACUGGAACGAGGAUGCGCCUCUCCGUUCUCAGCUCUUCGAAUAUUCCAUGUGCGAGCUGGGAGAUGGACCGCACAUGUACGAGGCCCUGUCCUAUGUCUGGGGGAGCUCGGAGAGGCCUUAUACGCUCCAUAUCGACCAGCAGUCUUUGCCCAUCACGGCAAACCUGUAUGAAGUCCUCUUGCGUCUUCGCAACAAGAUGAUUGAGCGCAUAAUAUGGAUUGACGCUGUCUGCAUUGAUCAAACCAACAUGGAGGAGCGAGGAGAGCAGAUACAGCACAUGGCCGAGAUAUAUUCCAAAGCGAGCCGUGUCAUUGUAUGGCUUGGCGAGGCGGCAGACGAGAGCGAUCGAGCCUUGAAGCAAAUACGCAUGUCUGCAGAUCAAGAGCAGCAGAAGUCGUUGCUGACCGAAGAGGACCGGCAGGCGAUUCUUUCCAUAGUCCAGCGGCCCUGGUUCCGUCGAAUAUGGGUUCUUCAAGAGGUUGCUGCCGCUCAACAUAUCGUCAUGAUGUGCGGCACUGAAAGGAUUGAUGGAUACGCCUUCUGCUUGGGCCUCCCCUCAUUGCUGCCAUACGAAGACAUACCAAGUCACAUCCGUUCAGUUACCUAUCUAAUGAGAGGAUCCAUCUUUCGGCCAAAAUACAAGACUAAUUCCUCAGGAGGCAUAUCUCUGGAUGUUCGGCCUCUGGGCGGGUUGGUCGACAUGUACCACGCACACGAAGCUACAGAGCGCCAUGACAAAGUAUUCGCUCUACUAGGUAUGAGCUCUGACAACCCUGGCGCUUCUGGACUAUCCCCCAAUUACAAAAUUCCUUGGGAUGAACUUAUGGCACGGCUUGUCAGGUUUAUACUGGGCGAAAAAGUGCUUGUCUGGUCAUGGAGCCACCAGCAGGCGGCCGCUAUAUUCGCCAAAGGUUGCGUUAUUGGAAUAGUCUCGUCCGUUCAGAUGGUCAAAGAUGACACUCGAGGAGACCGGCAGCAUGUCAGCAUCCAAAUGCAGGACACACUCGGGCCAUCAUGGACUGUUCCCGUUGCGGUCAAGCCAAUUGAGGUCGGCGACGUUUUCUGUCAUCUUCUCGGAGCGACAAGCCCAAUGGUCGUCAGGCCACGGGGUGAAUAUUUCUCCGUUAUCAUGGUCCAAGUUGCGCCCCCCAAUAACUCGGAGACGGAAUCAACAAACUCUGAACGGCUGGUGCAAUCAGGCAGCUCUUCUACACAUGACUUUCUACUAGUAUGGGACUGGGAUCAUUCUCAUGAGGAAACGCAACAUCGAGAUUAUGAGGCAUGGCUGGCUAGUCGAUCCAUUCAGUCGCCUCAGUCGAACAAUGUGGAGUCCGAAGGCUAUAUCAGCAAACAAACGCGUUCAUGGAACGUAGCUCUGAUCCUGAGCGAUGCGGGAAGCAACGAGGAGUCAGUUGUCAGCAUGCUUGAAGAGAUGAAGAACACAUGCACACCAAUCUCUGUACAAGUGGAUGGACGAGUGCUCAUGUGUAUGAGCAAACUUGCUCUGUCAUACGGAAGGAUGGGACGAUCAUGGGAAGCAGAGGUUGAGUUCUGGCGAGUGUUCUGGAUGAUGAAAAGCUCUCGACAGGCAAACGGCGACCUUAUCAGGGAACUGAAAAGCUUUGGAUCAAUGUGCAAAAUCCACGGCCACAUAGCAACGGCAAAGAAAUUUGAGAAAAUAGCAGGCUUGCUAGGAAUGGCUCGACAGUUUCCCAUCAUUAAAGACGAGGACUUUGCCGUGGUCCUUGCAGAAGCAAGUAUCAGGGGUGUGGAAAUCUCAGAGAAGAUUGUUACAAAAGCAGAGAAGCGAUUCCGCAGCGCAAUGGAUAACGACGAAACACCAAGUCGAAGAAGAUAUGCCGCUACUCCUUUGGACCUAUUGCUUGCAAGAGCAGUAUGGAACGGCAACCUGGAAGCGACGUACCUUUUGCUUUCCCACAAGAAAGCGCAAGUCAACGAAGAAGUCUUAAUCCAUGCAGUGAGGAGCCGGGACAGUUCCCCUUUAUGGUGCAUUAUAGGCAGACAAAAAGACAAGAUCCUCAUCGGGGAGAACAUCGUCAUCACGGCAGCCCAGAAAAGCAACGAGUUAGUCCUGCAGUACUUGCUUGAACGACAUGAAGACAAGGUUCAAAUCACGGAGAAGGUGCUAGUAGCGGCAGCGGCUAACCGGGAACGCUCGGUGUUGGUUUACCUCCUGGGGAAGUGGAAGCACAAAUUCCAUAUCACAGAGACAGUUGCCAUUGUGGCAGCACAUAACGAAAAGUUUCCGGCAUUAAAGGCUCUACUGCAAGAGAAGGGGGACGAGAUUGAACCUACAAUGCAGGUGGUCAUGGCAGCAGCGAGUAAUAGGGAAAAGUUGGUGCUGCACAAUCUAGUUCAGGAAAAGGGGAGCGAAAUCGGGAUGACAGAACAGGAGGUUAUGGCAGCGUGGAAGGAGGAGCAUCUGUUGGCGACAGGACGUGGUGAUGAUGUACUAGGUGGAAUAGUCGGAAACAUUCAUCUGCGGAGAUAA